CUCACUCGAGUUAGUUCAGUAUCGAAGUUCGCGUCGAUCGCAACGGACUAACGUUUCGUUCUCCGCGACUUCUCUCUUUCAUUCUCUUCUCUUUUACCAACGUUGAAACGUCGUUGUUUUAAAAAUCGUUGCCGACACGAGACACGGUAUUUUGUGCAGUGUGCCGAUAGAAAACGCGACGACGAUAGUACAGAGAAAUAAUAGGAGAGAGAUAGAGAGAAAUAGAGAGAGAGAGAGAGAAAGGAACAAUAGUUAAGGAAAAAGAAAGAAAACUAAAUAACGCGAUUAUAAACAACGAAGGACGCUUUAGUUCCGACACAAAAGCUUCUGAUGAAAACUAAAGAAAAUAGAAGACCGAUUCUAACCUAAUAUUCAACCCGCAACGAUGGGCGAUUUCCAAAAUUGGCGACACUCGAUGACGUGACGAAGCAAUCCAAAAGCGGAAGUCGUCGAACCGGUGUCUUCGUAUCGGCAAUCGAAGAGAGAGGAGUAAGAAAAGGAAGAGGAGAAGAAAAAGAAGUAGAAGAAGCGAGAAGAAGGGAAAGAAAAGAAGAAAACAGGAUCAUUGGGAUGUCGACGUACGCGAGGUGGACCUUAAGGUCGUCGAGGACGAGAAACGAAAGUUCGAUAGGUCGACACCGACCAAUUUCAAAAGUCCUUCAUUUUUCGCGCGUUUUGCGUCAUUGACGAUCAAUCCGAUCGUUCGUUCGUUCGAUCGAGGCUUAGACGAAUUUUUUUUCUUUUUAUUUCUCUUUCUCUUUCUCUCUGUCUCUCUCUUUCUUUCUUUUUUUUAUUUUCUCUCUCUCUCUCUCUCUGUCUGUUUCUUUUUUAUUUUAUUCUUUCUUUUUCCUCGUUCUUUUUUUUUUGUUUUCGCGGUCUCUUUGACGCGUCGUCUCGCGAGUGAACUCGAUCGUUCUCGAGUGAAUCUUUUUCCUCCUUUUCUCAUCGUUCAACAUCCUGCCGGAGACAUCCUGGAAUCCUCAUCGAUAUAUCUCUUCUUCUACGAAGUUUUGGUGGUAACGGAGCAGCAGCCAUGGACUGGCGGGGGAUCGUGCUGACAUAUCUGUUGAUUACUAUAACGAGGCACGGUACUAUACGAGCAGCCCAAAUACCCCAACAAAUACCGACGUCAACCGCGGCGAUAGCGAGCACGGUGCAAAUCGAGUGUGCGAGCGAAUCGAUAAUCGUGCAUAUUUCGACCGAGGGUAGAACCGACUUUCACGGUUUGGUUUAUCCACGAGGUUUGUCGAAAAAUAGUUCCUGUCUGCAGGAAUACAGAAGUCAACCCUCGCCGAUAACUUACAACCUGCCUUUGAGAUCCUGCAACACGAUGCCUACCGAAUUGGACGACGGUGGUGUCGAAUAUUUCAAUACUAUAGUAGUGCAACCGCACCUAAAGUUGGUCACGAAUCAAGGCAGGGGUUUUCAUGUGAGAUGUCGAUACCAGACACGAGACAAAGUUGUAACGAACGAUCAGACCCACGUGGCAAUGUUGCAAUCUCUACCACUCCAGGCAACCGCUCCGAUGCCUGGAUGCACGAUGAAGAUCUUCAGCGGAGAUCCAACGAGGCAUCAGGUGGCAGAGAACGUGAAGAUCGGUGAUCCACUGACUUUGGUCAUCAGUAUCGACAAACAAGAGAUGUUUGGUUUGAAAAUCUCCGAUUGUUUGGUCCGAGAUGGUCUGGGUUGGGGAGAACAGAGGCUGAUCAAUAACGAAGGAUGUCCCGUAGAUGGCGAGAUCAUGGGACAAUUCAUCUAUAACGAAGAUAAAACAGAAGCGAAAGUCAACUUCCAAGCACAUAAGUUCCCAUAUACGGCGAGUGUUUAUUAUCAAUGUAACGUGAGGCUCUGCGUUAAACAUGGCGGAGGAUGCAGUAAUACGCCACCGUUAUGUAACGCGAUAACGAGAAGACGCAGAGACACGAACAACGGUGGUGACAAUGCGAAAAAUGUCGAAAGUCUCGAUGGCGGUACACCUGCUACCAUCGAAGUUUAUAGCGGGCUUUACGUAAACGAGGCUUCCGACGUUAGCUCGAAAUCCGAUUUUACCGACGACGUCUUCAGAGAGAGGACGAUCGACGAUCCCAACAGUAUCUGCAUAUCGCAGAGAAGCUUCGCCAUCGGCAUCGCAAUCGCAGGCUUGAUACUCAUGCUGGUAGUGAUCGCCGCCAUUUUGGUACUACUAGCUAAGAGACGACACAAGAGCGUGUCAACGACGGGCUCUUCAAUUUACAGUGGACCCUAUACGAACACUGCAUAUAGUCAUAGCAGUUAAAAAAACAUUCUCGAGACGUUAGUACGAAAAAGAUAAGAGAGAAAAAAAAAGCAAAAAACAAAAAUAACAAGAAGAAAAUAUUAGUAAUAAAAAUAAUAAUAGUAAUAAUCGUAAUAAUAAUUAUAAUAAUAAUUAUAAUAUUAAUAAUAGUAGUAGUAAUAGUAAUAAUAGUAAUAAUAAUAAUGAGUCACGGUGUCUCGAUAGGAUCUAUCGUUGUUUACGAAGAAACAUUUUUCAAUAAUACCGAAAUAUCUUCGAAAUAAUAUUGGAAAGAAAGAGAGAGGGGAAAGGAAAGUUAUAAAGAAAGAAGAGGAAUAUAAAAAGAGAGAACAUUUUAAUUAAUCGAGAGAAAUAACUGCCGUUAAUUACUGCCCACUAUUUUUAUUAACUAUUUAAUCUAAAAGAAAAGAAAAAGAAAAAGAAAAAAGAUAUUGUUUCCAUUUGAAAAAAAAAAAAAAGAAAAUUUCUCGAUUUGACGUUCGUCUCAUUUUUCUUAUUCCCUUUCUCUCUCUUUUUUUCUCUUUGAAGAAGAUAUUUGGUAAAAGAUUCUCUCGUGCUUCCUACGACGUUAACUCGAUCUUUCGCGAAGACGAAAGAAUCGAAUCGACGACGAUCAAAUGCGCUUCGUCUACAGCGCACGUAAUCGAAAUCCUUUAGGAAAUCGUUAUAGUUAAGCGAUUUAUUAAAACGUUCGAUCGAAUUGACACGCGUUAUUUUCGUUAAACUCGUGUCUUUUUGAUAUAAAUAUUUUGUAUAUAUAUAUAUAUAUGUAUAUGUAUGUAUGUGUAUAUAUAUAUGUAUAUAUACACACAUAUAUAAAUAGAUAUAUAUGUAUACAUAUGAAUAUAUAAUUUUACUGUAUACUAGUCCGGUAUACCCUGUCCUACGUAACAUACCUGCCGCACUAAACUGCACGUCAAACAUAAAUCUUCCGUCCAUAUAAAUAUAUUAUAUAUAUAUAUAUAUAUAUAUAUAUAUAUAUAUAUAUAUAUAUAUAUAUUUGCAAUCAUCUUUCUAAAACAAUGUAAUUUAAUCGAAACUCUCUCACUCGUAGUAUGUAAGAUUUCCUUUACUCUUUUUCCUCCUUUUUUUUUUUUAUUUUUAUUUUCAUUUUUAAGUCAAUCUAGACGACCUCUGAAUCGAAUCAAAUACUCCAGUGAUAACGAUCUGAUUGUGAAUCUUUAUUUAAUUUUCUUCAUGUCUCUUUUCUUUUCUAAUUUUUUUCAAUCAUCAUUUACACGAUCGAUUGAAAUCGAUUAUUAUCGAGUAAGUUCGCGAUGAUCGUAGAGACGCCGAAAGAAAUUUAUUGGAAGAAAAUUGUUCGUUUUAAUAAUAAUCGAUCGAUAGAUAUCAUUUUGAUAUUUUCUCUCGCUCUCACGAUCAAUCACGAUCUUCCGAGAGAAUGCAUUUGUUAUUUAAAUAAGCGAUUGCUUUGUCCUCGAGUGUAUAAUCAGAUUUUAAUCAUUUGUAACGCUUAAACACAUUUUUCUUAACGAUAAUUAGUAUAAUUUCAAUCAACCAGGUGCUGCUCCGAUAUUGUUGAUAUUAAUUAAAACUCUCUCUUAUUAUUAGAAUGUUCGAAUCGAAUUAAUUACAGAGAUGCGAAUGUCAAUGUGUUAUCACUUAGAGGAGCUUAUUGGCUCUUACUAUUAAUUAAGAUCAUUCGUCGAAAAUUCGUGACAAUAAAUUCGUGAGAGAUAGUACCGACGUUGAGAAAGAUCAUACCACGGGGAAUUUUAGUUUUAACGAGCGACGAAAUUGAAUCGAAAGAAAAGAAAAAGAAAAAAAAAAGAAAAAGCGACAAAAAGAUAAGAAUUAAAAUUAAAAUACGCGUUAAAAUUAAGACGAACAAGUAGCGACUGCCAAUAUCACCGUCUCGCGUAAUUGGGUCCAACGUGAUUAGUGGUGGUGGUGGGUACGAAUCCUAAUCUCAAAAAUUUUGGCUCGACGAAAAAAGGAGACGAUGAACGAAUUUAUAUUCUUUUUCUUUUUUUAAUUGUAACACGUUCGUACGAAGGGUGAACGAAUGAAGAAGAAAAAGAAAUAACAAAUAGUAAUCUAAAAAAUAUAAAAAAAAAGAAAA